AUGUCGGCGCUUUUCAGAGCCAGAAGAGCUGUGGCUCAGUGUCUGGCCGGCUCUCGGACUCUGUCCCAGCUGGCGGAGUUACCGGAGACGCAUCAGCUGCUGCGGCAGACGUGCCGGGACUUUGCCGACAGAGAGCUGAUCCCCGUCGCCUCCAAGCUGGACCGAGAGCACGCCUUCCCGGCCCAGCAGAUCAGAGAGUUGGGGGCGAUGGGCGUGAUGGCCAUAGAGGUGCCGGAGGAGCUGGGCGGAGCUGGGAUGGACUACCUGGCGUACAGCGUGGCGAUGGAGGAGAUCAGCCGAGGCUGCGCCAGCACGGGCGUGGUGGUGUCGGUGAACAACUCUCUCUACAUCGGGCCCGUCCUGAAGUUCGGCACCGAGGAGCAGCAGCGGAAGUGGAUCACGCCGUUCACCACCGGAGAGAAGGUGGGCUGCUUCGCCCUCAGCGAGCCAGGUAACGGCAGCGACGCCGGCGCGGCCUCCACCACGGCGCGCCAGGAGGGGGACGAGUGGGUGCUGAACGGGACCAAAGCCUGGAUCACCAACAGCUGGGACGCCUCCGCCACCGUGGUGUUCGCCACCACGGACAGGAAGCUGAAGCACAAGGGCAUCAGCGCCUUCCUGGUCCCCAUGCCGCACCCCGGACUGUCUCUGGGGAAGAAGGAGGACAAGCUGGGAAUCCGAGCCUCGUCCACCGCCAACAUCAUCCUGGAGGAGUGCAGGGUCCCGCUGGACAGCAUGCUGGGCCCGCGGGGAGCCGGCUUCAAGAUCGCCAUGCAAACGUUGGACAGCGGCCGGAUCGGCAUCGCCGCUCAGGCGCUCGGCAUCGCUCAGGCCUCCCUGGACUGCGCCGCCGACUACGCCCACAAACGCACGGCCUUCGGAGCGCCCAUCGGAAAGCUGCAGGCCGUUCAGUUCAAGCUGGCUGACAUGGGCGUGGCCUUGGAGAGCGCCCGCCUACUCACCUGGAAGGCGGCUCUUCUUCGGGACUCCAAAAAGCCCUUCACAAAGGAAGCCGCCAUGGCCAAACUGGCGGCGUCGGAGGCCGCCACCUUCUGCUCACAUCAGGCCAUUCAGAUCCUGGGGGGGAUGGGCUACGUCACCGACAUGCCGGCCGAGCGCCACUACCGCGACGCCCGCAUCACCGAGAUCUACGAGGGCACCAGCGAGAUCCAGAGGCUCGUCAUCGCCGGGCAGAUCCUGAAGGAGUACCAGCCGUAGACGCCGUCGCGGGGCGCCGCCCAAACUACGGACCCGGUCGUUUGAUCACCGUCCAAUAAAAAAAACACUUUUGGCGUCUGAAGGAACCGAUCGGAUCAGAACUCUAAAGACACGCCCCCACAGCGAAAACGCCUUAAAGGGUCAGUUCACCUCAGAUCAAUAUUUUUAUAUCAAACGUUAGUUUACCUUUGAAUCG